AUGGAUUUCUCGGAGGGCGAGCGGAAAGAGGCCGAGCACUUCACCGAGUUCUACAUCGACAAAUUAGAAAACGACUUCCAGCAUUUCGGCUACUACAUAUCCGACGAUGUGAUACUCGACUGGUUCGGGCAAACCAUCAAAGGCAAGAAAACCGUACUGGAAUUCAUCGAACGGGCCCUUUCCUUUACGCAUUUACUAACGAACAUCGUGCCGGUGAAAGGAAUAGGUUUUAAAGAUUCCCACAAAGUUAAAAUCCCUAAAGAAAAAAAGGAAACUCCUUUCAUAUUAUUGAGCCCCCCUAGGAACGUCCAAUUAAAAAGCGAGACCACCACGCCUAAAAAACAACCGAUACCUUCUACGAGCCAUAAUAACAACAACAACAAAAACAACUGCCCGUAUCGCAGAGAAAUCAAAACGAAAUACACCAGAGAUUGUUACGACAGAGACAACGACACCCUGACGGGUAACUCCUACCGUAAACUUCCAUCGACGAUAGCUCAUCGACUAAACAUUUCAGACAUUCCCACGUCCCCUUUGAAGAAACUGAAAACCUCCUCGUUCGAUCUAUCGGAGAAUCUCGAAACGCUGGAGAGCGAAAGCGAUUGCACGGAGAGCGUGCACAAGCUGAAGUACGUAAAAUCGGAGGGGCACGUGGAAUUCCACAAACCUAGCUUGAAGAAAUACCAGGCGGAGACCAAGUGGCAGAGGCCUUGCAAAUUGAGCGUCGCCUAUCUCUCCGACAACCCCGACGAUUACAUGAUUUAUCUGAUCAUAUACGAGGGGAACUUGAAGUGCAAGAGGAACUUGUUGAAGGACUUCGAGGCGGAGGAGUGCGAGAAUUAG